UCAACGAAUCUGCCGGAAACUAAUUAGUUCGGUUAGAGUUAGGUUAUAUGCUAACUUAAGCCACAUGAUCUCUUCUUUGUUAUUGUAUUUUAUUGCUCUUCUUGGUAAGAAAAUAAGCAGUACCAGUUACCGGAGCGGCGACAAUGGGAACUGUGGGCGGUGAGUUAAUUAACGAGGUUAAUCUCCAAUGCUUAAGCCGUAAUUCGUGCGGUAUUGAAAAAAAAAAAAAAAACAACAACAACAACAAAGUCAAAUUAUAUAUAGCUUUUUGGAAUCUUGCUUCCUUGUUUCUCCAAAUUAACAAAGUCAAAUUCAAUAUGUAGUUAGGCAACCUCUUUUAUUUCUUUCAAGCGGAAUCUUAGAUUUGAUGAUGUAUUAUUCCACUAAUUAAAAGAGGAUUAACGUAUACAUCUUUUCUUAAAUAGAAAAAUAAUAUCCCAUUUAAUUUAUUUUGUACAACAUAUGCGUAAUUAAUCUGUUUGAUGCAAAAGAUGUGAGAAGUGGAAUCACUCUAAAACAAUAAGCCGAAGAUGUAAAACAAAGAAGUUAAUCUUUGUGCUGGUAAUAGAAAUUUGAUAACAUAAAUAUUAGUUAUCCUCCAUGAUUAUAAUCUUUGCAGAGAAUAUACAUUUCAAUAGAAUUAAUAAAGACAAAUAUAAACAAUAAAGUAGAGACGGUGCUUUGUAGAUCAUUCCUCUGGCUCUGAGUCGCUUAGAUAACGUUUUUGUUGUUGUUAAUAAGUCGCGUGUAUAACUUGAGAUUCAAGAUUCCAUUUCUUUUUAUUCCUUCAACAUUCAAAUAUGGUUUCCGUAAAGAGAAAAAGUCUUCUCGUUUCCUUCAUAUCUAAUUAUUAUUAUUAUUUUUUAGAAAAAAAUCAUAUUGGAAAUCCGCUAUAAAUACAUAGGUCUCGAGCAUCUAACAAUUCACCAUCUCUCAAAAAUCAAAUCUGGAAACACAAGCACUCUUUAUACACACACAUAUCAACCGACAACCAUGAACAACAACAACAACAACAACAAGAACACGAAGAUGAUGAGUUCCGCAAAAGAGAGUCGUAAUGGUACCACUAACAUUUUUAUUACAGAAACGAGGAAUAAGAAGGUGGAGAGGAAGGCAUCUAUGGACGUGGACAAAUGCGCAGAAGCUUUCAUCACAAAGUUCAGAAAUCAGCUUCUUCUCCAGCGUCUCGAAUCCAUCGAAAACAUGCUCUCCCGAGGCCCUUAACACUACUUAUCAAUACACACAUGUAUUCUUUCUAUUAAUUUUUGUCUUUUAUAUAUAUUCUAUGGUUCAUGAGAUUCCAACGUAUGGAUAAAAUUUUAUGGCUAUUAUAGAUCUUCUUUCUUUUAGAUGUGGGAUUCAUUCUUUAGGUAAAUUUUCUGGUAUUUUUUUGUUACAAUAUAAUAAAUGUAAGGUGACUUAGCAA